CGACCGUUCCAACUCAGUUGUGAAACAAAUUUCUUAGGUUUGAACUUAAAAUUCUAUUCAUCGGAUAUCUCAAAAUGAAAUCGAUCUGCUGCCUGUUUGCACUUAUUGUAAUUAGUGCUGCGAGCACGAUUCCGAUGCCAUCGAACGGCCGACUGCCAGUUGGUGCCCCUCAACCACAUCCAGCACUGUUUCGCGUAGCGCGGGCGACUGAGGUGCCAGAAUCUCCAAAAGACUCUUCCACAAAGCAAGAGGUUGUCGAGAGCAGUGCGGAUGAUAUGGAUAAGGCUGAAACUUUCGGAUUUGGAUUCCAUAAACACAUUCAUAUUUCCCCAUCUUACGGUGGCUACUAUGGCGGGGGUUACUAUCCGUCUUAUCCAUAUGCGUACAAUUAUGGAUAUAACUAUCCGUAUUAUUACUGA